CGUCGAUGGACGCAGACCACUUCCGGCGUCGCUAUGGCGGCUAACGCUACCACUAACCCGUCGCAGCUGCUGCCUCUAGAGCUUGUGGACAAGUGUAUAGGAUCAAGAAUUCACAUCGUGAUGAAGAGUGAUAAGGAAAUUGUUGGCACGCUUCUCGGAUUUGACGACUUUGUCAACAUGGUCCUGGAAGAUGUCACCGAGUUCGAAAUCACCCCAGAAGGGAGAAGGAUCACUAAAUUAGACCAGAUUUUGCUAAAUGGAAACAAUAUAACAAUGCUGGUUCCUGGAGGGGAAGGACCUGAAGUAUGAAUGGAUUCCUUGACUGAUGCUAGAUUCUAUGUCGUCUCAGAAUGGCAACAAAAUAGAAGUUUUUUUUUAAGCCUUUCAGUGUCUGGAGUCUGUGAAGCUAAGUUUCCCGUUAAAGGGGAAUGCUUUGAAGAGGCAUUGUAAAUGCCAUUUUUGUAAGUUAAUCAUGUUUAUCUUGGAAGAAAAAAAGAACAACUUGUUCUCUGAAGACUACAAUAAAGGUGUUUUUGGUUGGUUGUUAUUUUAAUUAUUGUGCCGCAAUAGGCCUUGGCACAAAGCCUGUCCUUAAACGCUGUCCCUCGCUCUCCUUUGUUCCUUGUUCGAACGGCCACCACUUGGUUCUCAAAAACUGUUCCAAACAAAAUGAUGGACUUUGAUUUUUGAGCAGAUGCAUUAAAAAAAAUGAAAUUAUUCAAUUCAAUUCAAACUAAUGCUUUGAAGUUAAGGUUUUUCUACUGAACUCAAGUUCCAUUAACUCCUGUUAAAAACAAGCAAAAAUACGCAGGUAAUACAUGCACAUUGUGGAAAUGCAGCUAAACUAAAAGGAAAACUUUCGUCAGGCUUUGCUGUCCAUCUUCUUGGACUUGCUCAGCACACAUUUUAUACUUACAAAAGCGUUCUGACCCUGAUGACACUGUUUUGUAGCCUCCAUUUAAGACUUUUUAAAAAUUUAAAUGGGGAGCAUCUUUCCGUGUCAUAUUUCAGCAAUGUUAAUGUGUGCACAGUGUUUCAUUAAAUGGGUUUACCAUGAUUUAUGGUGCCUGUUCUUACUAUUGGCCACAGUGCUCUAGCUAAACCUUUAUACAGUUUUAUGUUUCUCUAAAGAAACUCAGAAAUGUGUAGGGUCAAAGGGCGCAUAUCAUCGUGUCGCCAGCAGCCAGCUUGUGGGCAGUUUCCCACGGUGCCUGGUACACGCUCCGCACUAUUGGCUGUGUUCGCUCCUGUCUCUGACAUCGCGAGAAGCAAAACCUGUGUGUUUGACAUUUUCUUUAUUUAUUUUGUAUUUUGUGAAUUACUGCCGUGAGACUUUUGCCGUUGAGAUGCUUGUCUGGUUUCUUACUAAUUUGUAACAGUUCUCAGUCGUCUAUUUGCAGGUUAAAUUCCCCAGUUUGUAAUAGACUGCCUGUUAGUGGUACAUUUUUUGACACAAAUAAAAAGAUAUUUUUCUGUA